AUGGAAUCAAUGCAACGGUUGGUACAUUUAAUGGUGCCUGGUGACGAUGUGGACCCCAACUCAAGAGCACUGCUUCCCAAGUUAUUUUUCAAAAGCAUCAGAUGUUUUCGGAGCAAUCUCAACCAAAACCAUGUUACGAUACAGUCCGCGAGUAUAAUGGACUUGAUAAUGAAUUUAAAAUUUAACGCAUUUUGGAACACUAACUCAGCAGCAUUUCACAAGAUUUUAGAAAACCUAGAAAUUCUUGCCAUACCCGGCUACCAAAGACAAAUGAGGCGUUUGGAAUCGAGGAAUUUUAUUGAAUCAAUAAGUGGUUCGUGGCAAGUGCAAAUGAAGAAAUACCUGGAAAGUUCAGAAAACAAGGACAACAUUGAAAACGACAUCAUCUACCAAAAUUUUACGACUAUUGUGACAAAAAGCACCAAAGACGGAUUGAAACUGAGUAAAGAGAGUUAUGGAAAAAUUCUUAAUGGAUGUGGCGUUUCUCAAAUUGUGUAUUGGGUGUCAAAUAAUGGUAACGUAACACUAGAGGUUAGGAGCUUUCUGUUUGUGGAUAUCAAGCUUAUGAAUCUUGUGCCAACAGUUAUCAACAUUGUUCCACAGCCAGCUCCAGAUAAAUUAAAUGCCACCAACAACAAACUUUAUAAAGUAGGCUGA